AAACACAAUAUCCUCUCUGAGUCUUGAGUGAUGAAUGGUUUUAAGGUUGUAAUUUUGAACGUAAAGUUUCAAAAUGGGUUCGCUGUGACAUAAUUCAAGAUGCGGUACGGACGACGUUUCUGGGCUUCCUUCAUUUUCCUGUGGCUUUUUCUCCGAGCACAGUUCUUGGAUUGCCAGGAACAGCCCUGCAAUCCAAAUGACUUAAAAGCAUUGCAGGGUUUCUUGAAUGGUUUGGAUUCAGAGAUUCCUGGGUGGAGUAGCAAUUCAUCUACUGAUUGUUGUGACUGGGUUGGCGUUCGGUGCGAGGAGGUGAGGAGUUCAACGAGUUCUGAAGAAAGGGUAGUAAAAUUGGAUCUUGGGAAUAGAAGAUUGAGAGGUAAAUUAUCCGAGGACUUGGCUGGUUUGGAUCAGCUGAGGUCUCUGAAUCUUUCUAACAAUUUGCUCAGAGGUACUCUUCCGCCCAAACUGUUCCAUUUGCAGAAUUUACGGGAGCUGGAUUUAAGUUAUAAUGACUUGUAUGGCUUGAUGCCGGUUGAUAUUGAUCUACCCUCCCUCAACGUUCUCGACCUAAGUUAUAAUGACUUGUAUGGCUUGAUGCCGGUUGAUAUUGAUCUACCCUCCCUCAACGUUCUCGACCUGUGUGGGAAUUCAUUGAAGGGUGACAUUGCCACGGGUAUCUGUAAGACUGCCACUCAAAUUCAAUCCAUCGAUCUCUCCAUGAACUAUUUCAAUGGAAGUAUUCCCGCAGGUUUUGGUAAUUGUGCUUCUUUGCAGAAUCUCAGUCUCAGCUCGAAUUAUCUUUCUGGAAGUUUGCCCGACGAUUUAUUUUCACUGCAAAAGUUGAGCCGGUUGUACCUUCAGGAAAACAUACUCUCUGGGUUGCUCAGUGAUGGAAUCGGUAAGCUUUCAAACCUGGUCGAGUUGGAUAUCUCCAUGAAUGGGUUCUCGGGACCUCUCCCGGAUGUUUUCAAUAAGCUUGGUAAAUUACAGCGCUUUUCAGCCCACUCAAAUAAUUUUGAUGGUAGUUUGCCCGAUUCAUUGACGAAAUCCCCCUCACUCAACCUGCUUAAUCUUCGAAACAAUUCACUGAGAGGUCCAAUUAGUUUUAAUUGUUCAUUCAUGGUUAACCUUGCAUCGCUUGAUCUCGCUACUAAUCGAUUUCAGGGCCCCCUUCCUGAUAGUCUCUCCUCUUGCAAAAAUUUGAGAAAUCUUAAUUUUGCUCGUAACAAUUUCACGGGUCAGAUCCCUGAGAGAUUCAGGAACCUCGAGGCCCUCACUUACCUUUCGCUCGCAAAUACAAGCCUGAGCAAAAUUGCAGCUGCUCUUGAGAUUCUACAACAUUGCAAAAACUUGACUACAUUGGUUCUUACGCAGAACUUCCGUGGGGAAGAAUUGCCUGGAGCUAUGAAUCUGAAUUUUAGCGGCCUGAGGGCUCUAGUCAUUGCUGCUUGUAGCCUCACUGGUUCAAUUCCAACAUGGGUGAGAAGCAGCGGUAAUUUACAGUUAUUGGAUCUAUCAUGGAAUCGAUUGGCUGGAACCAUUCCAAACUGGUUGGGCGAGCUAAAGUUUCUCUUUUACUUGGAUUUAUCUAACAAUACGCUUUCUGGAGAGAUCCCUGAAAGCUUGACUAAUCUGGAGAGCCUCAUCAGCCGCAAUAUCUCACUCAAAGAACUCUCCCCUCACUUUCCUUUCUUUAUGAAACGAAAUCAGAGUACAAGGGCAUUGCAGUAUAAUCGGAUUUUCAGCUUCCCUCCAUUAUUGGACCUUAGCUACAACAACCUCACUGGAUCGAUCUGGCCAGAAUUUGGGAAACUAAAAAAGCUCCAUGUCUUGGAUUUGAAAUGGAACAAUCUCUCUGGAUCCAUUCCCAGUGAGUUGUCGAUGAUGUCAAGCUUGGAGACCUUGGAUCUGUCCCAUAACAAUCUAUCAGGAAUUAUACCCCCUUCUUUGGUCAAUCUUAGUUUUCUCUCCACAUUCAGUGUUUCUUUCAAUCAUCUGUCUGGAAAAAUACCAACAGCAGGUCAGUUUCUAACCUUCCCGAAUACAAGCUUCGAGGGAAACCCAGGUCUCUGUGGUACAUACCACCUUCCUUGUCCCUCUGAUCAGACACCUCUUGGAUUCGGCAAACAUGAUGAUGGAGUCGCACUUAUGGGAUUGCCAUUCAAGAUUGGAGCAGUAAUGGGUUUUAUUUUCAGCAUCACUGGCUGCUCCGUUUCAGGGUGGAUGCUACCCAAGAUUGAGAAAGGAAGACGGAGAACUCCAAGUAGAUAUUCAUGCAUUUGUCCACUUAGAUUAUUGGGUUUUAGUAUCUGUUGUAGUCAGAAAUAUAGGAUAUAAUAAAUAUGAUUGAUCUCUUGUUAUCCUUCAUUAAUAUCAAUCCGAUUAGUUGGCAUGAAUAGCUCAGUCAUGGUUUGAUCAUUUUUUUUAUAGAGAAUAUCAACUUAUUUAAGGAUCCCACGUUUAAGCUUUUAGA